AUGCUCGCCACGACCAUCCGCGCGCCCCCCUCGGUGGAGGACUAUGUGCCUCUUGCCGAGUACCAGUCGCAGACGCCCGAGUCCUUUGCCGACGGCAAGCCCGUGCUGCACUUCCACCUCCAAGGCGCGACGGCUUCGGUCCCAAAGUCGCAGUGUGGCCGCUUGGCCCUGUUCCCGGCAGACAUGGUGCCUGCAGCCGACGAGGACGCCCAGGCCAACGGGCAAGCCGACGAAGAGCAGCCUGUGAAGCAAAAGGUCGAUGUCUUUGUCAACUCAGAGAGCUUUACCGUCUUCAGCCAGCAAGCCGAGGCUGGGGUUUCGAUCCCGUAUCCCUCCAUCUCGAUCCACGCAGUCAAACACGUCGCCGGCGAGGCCGAGGGCAGCCGCAUCCAGGCAGUCUGGAUGCAGCUCGAGUUCUCCGACGGCGGCGCAAACGACGACGACUUCAGCACCGUCGAGCUGACCAUUGUUCCCUCGAGCCCCGAGGGCAAUGCGAUGCGCACCGCUGCGCAGCAGCUGUACGACGCCGUGUCCAACUGUUCCGACCUGCAUCCCGACCCCGACGACGCAGAUGACGACGAUGGUGAGUACGAUGGCAUCGUCUUCGAGGGUGGCGCUGAGCACGAGGCGCUGGAGGGUUUCGCGGGGGUCUUGCGCGGCUCAUCGAACGGGGGCUUGCCGCCGCCGAUGCCCGGCAGCGGGGGAUGGAUCACUGCGGACAAUGUGCACGAGUUCUUUGACGGCGACGGCAACUGGCUCGGCCGUGACGGAGAGGCCCAGGACGGCGCCGACGGCGAGCUGGGUGAGGGCGCUGGUAGAACCCGCCCUCGCGACGAGCUGGAGCCGGACGGCGCCAACGGCUACGACGGCGCAAACGAGGAUCAAGACAUGAAGCGGCCACGAGUCGACGAAUAG